AUGAAUGCGACUGCACCCAGCUACCCCAUGGCCUCUCUCUAUGUCGGAGACCUGCACCAGGAUGUCACGGAAGCCAUGUUGUAUGAGAAGUUCUCUCCCGCCGGGCCCAUCAUGUCUAUCCGUGUGUGCCGUGAUAUGGUCACCCGGCGAUCCCUGGGCUACGCUUACAUCAACUUCCAGCAGCCUGCAGAUGCCGAACGUGCCCUGGACACCAUGAAUUUCGAGGUGAUCAAAGGCCGGCCUGUCCGCAUCAUGUGGUCCCAGCGUGACCCCUCCCUGCGCAAGUCUGGCGUGGGCAACAUCUUCAUCAAAAACCUGGAUGAGUCCAUUGACAACAAGGCCUUGUAUGACACCUUCUCCGCCUUUGGAAACAUCCUGUCCUGCAAGGUAGUCGGUGAUGAGAGUGGAUCAAAAGGAUACGGCUUUGUUCACUUUGAGACGCAAGAAGCUGCCAGCCGAGCGAUUAAUACCAUGAACGGGAUGUUGCUCAAUGACCGGAAAGUGUUUGUCGGACACUUCAAAUCCCACAAGGAGCGGGAAGCGGAGUUUGGUAGCAAGGCUUUGGAGUACACCAACAUCUACAUCAAGAACUUUGGCGAGGACAUGAGCAGCGGCAGACUACGGGAGAUCUUCAAUGUCUUUGGAAAGACGCUGAGCGUCCGGGUGAUGACGGACCAACACGGACGUUGCAGGGGCUUUGGCUUCGUCAACUUCGAGAAGCAUGAAGAUGCCCUCAAGGCCGUGGCCAAGAUGAAUGGCAAGGAAAUCAACAGCCGGGCGGUGUACGUCGGCCGGGCCCAGAAGAAGGCGGAGCGUCAGAGUGAGUUACGCCGCAAGUUUGAUGUGAUAAAACAGGAGCGGAACAGUCGGUAUCAGGGAGUGAACCUCUACGUGAAAAAUCUAGACGAUGGGAUCGAUGAUGAAUGUCUGAGGAAGGAGUUCUCCCCGUAUGGAACUAUAACCAGUGCAAAGGUGAUGACGGACGGAACUCGCAGCAAAGGCUUUGGUUUUGUCUGCUUCUCCUCGCCAGAGGAGGCCACCAAGGCUGUGACGGAGAUGAACGGGCGCAUCGUCAGCACCAAGCCCCUAUACGUGGCCCUGGCCCAACGCAAGGAGGAACGCAAGGUCCACCUCACCAACCAGUACAUACAGCGCCUGGCCAACGUCAGGGCGCUGCCUAGCCCGCUGGUCGGAUCCUUCCAACACCUGCCCCCUUCUGGAUACUUCAUGCCCACUCUACCCCAGGUUCAGAACCGGACUGCAUAUUACGCUGCCUCUCCAGUGACUCCCAUCCGCCCAUCACAGCGUUGGACUGCGCACCCUAUCCGCCCUCCUACCCCCUACCACAGCGUGGUCCCCACCAACCGAGGAGGAGCUCCCCGGAGAGGGGUCACCAGCAUCAGCACAAUGAGACAGGCUUCCACCCAGGUUCCCCAGCUGCCCCCCAAUGCCCAGAGAGUCGCCACAAUCGGAACACAGACCGUCGGUCCGCGUACAGUGCUGUCCGGACCAAUGGUGCGGGUCCUUCCACAGUAUAAAUACACCCCGGGAGUUUCGGAGUUGUGUAAUGGGGUCUCUCUUGUGCCGCUGUUGCAGGUGCCCCAGCCUGUGCCACGUGUCCAUGGUCAGAUGCCACUCACGACCUCCAUGCUGGCUGCUGCCCUCCCCCUCGAACAGAAGCAGAUGCUGGGUGAGCGUCUCUUUCCGCUGAUCCACAGUCUGCACCCGACCCUCGCCGGCAAAAUCACCGGGAUGUUGCUGGAGAUCGACAACUCCGAGCUGCUGCACAUGUUGGAGUCUCAGGAGAUCCUCUGCUCCAAGGUGGAGGAGGCGGUGGCUGUGCUUCAGGCUCAUCAGGCUAAAGACGAUGUGCAGAGGAAAGGAGCCGUGGUCUGACCAGGAGAGGCCACGUCUGCAGGAUUGGAAAAACUCCAGGAAACCCACUUUGUGAAGAGAAGACUUUUGGAAAAACAAUUGAAUAAAUUGUUCAUGUUGUUGAGGUUUCAAUGGGGAGAGAAUUGAUCAAAGAGUCUGGGAGAUAAAGGUCUAACAGAGAUUGUGUUGAUUGUCCUAAAUGUAUGUCCUACUUACACCUUUAUUAAACUACACUGAAACUGGAUCUAAAG